CACGCAUAUAAAGGAAGGAAGGAGGUGAAGAACGGCGUCCUGACGGCAAUUUUUUGGAGGUGGAAGAGACGGCGGAUUCAUCGGAGCAAAAGGUCGUUGAAGAAGUGCCAAGGAUUUAAAUGCUGUGAGCGCGCGCGGCAGAAAAGGAAGACCAGAGGGAGAGAGAGAUGGGGUGCGUCUCGUCGAGGAUGAUCACGCGAUCGGGGAGCUACCGUGAAGAUGUCACCGGCAAUGCUUACCAACGAUGCGGCAGCGCCGGUGUCACCGUCGAUCUCCUCCUGCCUAAGAACACCGACCAAUUCCUGGCGCUCAUCUGCACCGCCAGCUCCUUCACCGAGAAACUCCGGUCCUGCCCACCUCCGCUUCCGGCGGAAACUGGCAAGGACGUCUCCGAGGAGACUGCACCGGCCGAAGGCGAGGCGGAGGUGAUCAAUGCGUGGGAGCUCAUGGCCGACCUGGAUGACGAGGGAUCUGCCGCCUCCUCAGACGUUGCCGCCGGCUCGUUGAACCCGGCCUCGGAGCCUUCUAUAGACAGCCAGGCGGUCGAGGAACAGGACGUCGUUGAGUCGGAUGACCAUCACCCUGACGGAGAUCAAGCCGGAAGUAAGCUGACAAAUCCUGAAGGAUUUCCUCCGGCAGAUGCUUUUACUGAUUGCGAGCAAUCGGAACCUUCUAGAAACAUCCAAGCAGGAGGACCUGCUGCCGACACUGCAGAGGAGCCGCAGGCAUCAGAAUCUUCCUCUAUCCAAUGCGAAGAGCCAGGACCUUCUCAAAGCUUCUAUGGCACCAUCGAACCUUCUAGAAGUAUCUGCACCGCCGACCAGACCGACGAGGCCCAAGGUUAUGAGCAACCGGAGGCCGCAGGGAUCGUGUCCAGAAGGCGGGCAAAGGCGAAGGAGCUGGCGGUGCUGACGAUCCCGACGUCCCUCGAAUUUCCGGUGAUAGGGAGCCUGAGAGAAUGGCUUCAAGGGGGCUCAACGGAAACACCGAGGUUCGGCGACGAAGUGGGGUCGGUGUCUAGAAGCAUGAGCGGAAGGAAGCAGGACUCUGGAGGCCUUGAUCCAGAGCUGUUGCAGGCGUUUGAGGAAGCACUUGCAGAGUUGGACGCAGAGGAGCAAGAUCAGAUGAGGCUUGGUUUACUCUAACCUUCGUAUGGCGACGACGAUGAAUGCUGAUGUUGCUAUGUAGAGAGGAAAGAGCAGAAAAAGGAAAACCAAAUUGGGAGUUCAUCAUUUUCUGGUGUACACGGUGAGGGGUCACUGGAUAUCUCAUCUCAACAACUGCUCAAAGGAUGAAUUCGAGUUCUUCCUCGUUACCAAGUACAUCGGCCGGUGAAGUUAUUCUUGAGCUCCAAUUAAUCCAUCACAAUAAUGAAUUUAUAUAUCCAAGGCAUGAAACUUUAGUAGAGCCGAACAGAGCGUGUUGAGAGUGGAAGGAAACCAGGGCAUCAAACAUUGGUGAAGCUGAACAUAAAGAGACGAGAGAAGGAGGCAAUCAAAGCAUUAAAAUUGGUGAAGCUGAAUAGAAGUUGAGAGUAGGAGGAAACAAACUAUUUCUCAAUGGGCGAGAACCACCACUUCUACUACUAGCACACAUAAAUGUACUUUAUGGGAACCUACUCAAAUACAGAUCUUCUGUACUUCAGUUCUUGCUGCUGAAGUGGGUGGCCGGGCAGAGUGCUGCAUUGGAAGCGAAUGUUCAUAUGAUACGGACGCGUAAAGGUAAGAGAUUCGGUAUUAAUUGUGACGUCAAGUGUCAUCUCCGAGAAGCCCGACAAUAUGGAAAACUUUCGCUGCAACCUUUAUUCUUCCCUUUCGAUGAAGGUUCCUAUUGAUCAUUCAUGUGCGGUUGUAUUAGCUCAAAUUAACGUCACAUUUGACACCAGAAUUCUACACAGAACGUGUAAACAUUGUCCGGUCUUGGAAAUCAGCUGAAGGGGAGACGGGUAAGACUCAAAGUAUCUUAGACAUAGUGUCUGCUUAAUGGAUGAGUUAGGGGUUGAUAGGUGGAUUAAUUUUGUGUGCUAUAAAAAAAAAGACUGACACUCUUGUUAGGUUAUAGGAUCAAAUGUUCUUCUUGCUCAUCCAGCAAGAUUAUGUGAAUUUUCGAUUCAAAAGUACAGAGAAACUCUCUCUUAGCUU